GUUCGAAUCACGGAACACUAAGAACGAAUUUUUCGUAUUUGUAUGUAACUUGUGUUAUCGGAUUGACUUCGAAAACUGAAUAACUAAUAUACUGGAAGCUUUCCUAUAGUGAUCUGAAACGUAACACCUAUUAUGCGAGUGUCGCGAAUCAAAACACACUUUCUUACGGCAAGCGGGCAAACUCGCUUUUUCGAAUCAGCUGAGCUUGAUUUCUACAAUGUCAAACCGCGGCUUGAAAACCCCGGAGGUGAAACCUCAGUUUGUUGUUGGCGAAAAAGUAUUGUGUUUUGAACCUGAUCCAACAAAGGCUAAGGUGUUAUAUGAUUCGAAGGUACUAGAGGUUGACUGGACAAAAGAUGAAAAGGGAAAGACUGUGCCAGAAUAUCUUAUACAUUUCUUUGGCUGGAAUAACAGCUGGGAUCGCUGGGCACCGGAGGACUAUGUUUUGAAGGACACGCCAGAAACUAGAGAUUAUCAAGAUACAUUACAGAAAGAGGCAGCAGAGAAAAUUAAACAGAAGAAGAAAAAAAAGAAGUUGGCUGAUAUCAUUAAAGAAUCACAGCUAAAAAAGUUGAAACAAGAUGAAUCCUGUGAAUCCGAUGGCAGUGAAAAGAGUAUGACAAGCCAGUUAGAAAGUGAAGCUGACCUGGAACCCCACGAUAUACCUAUUAACAUACCGGACACUUUAAAGACCAAGUUAGAAGAUGACUGUUAUUAUAUCAACACUAAGAAGCAGCUUUUGCGGUUACCAAGGCAACCUAACAUUGUUACAUUACUUGAAAGUUAUGUCAGAUAUUUUGCAAUGAGUGUGCACAUCUCUGAGAAGCACCGUCCACAAGCGUCAACAAACGUUGUGCAUGGACUCUAUCCGCAUAAAUUUGAUGCUCCGCACGUAGUAACACCGGAUCAUAACGUUGAUUUGGUGAAAGAGAUAAUGGAAGGACUUAAAUUGAUAUUUGACUUUUCACUCCCUGUAAUCUUGCUGUACGAGAGUGAGUGUCAUCAAUUCACGACAGUUUCCACUGCUGCUUUUAUACCUGUUCAUCCGGUGAAAAAAGAACGUGAAGACUGUGACGUAACGUGGGAUCCAGAAAUAACGUUUAAAAGUACGACACGUGGUAAAACCAAAAGAUCAGCAAGCCCACCCCAGCUAACAAGUCUGACAACAAAGACGGUGAAGAAAGAAAAAGAGAAGGAAGUAGAAGAGCCAGAACCAACAUCAACGAGAAGAAUCACGCGUAGACAGUCCACAGAAUUAAAAUUAACAGAUAAAAUUGUUGCUGCUUCGACUGGACGGAGUUGUUCACCGCUAACAGGAAGAAGACGCACAGAUGCUAAGCAUACAAGCGAUUCUCCAUCUCUUGAUAAACCAAUGCGGUCAUCGGCGAGGCAGACCCAUCAACCCAUGGUGGCAAAACCAGUUACAGGACAAAGUGGUCAAACUUUUCAACAGACAUUUCAACAAUCGGUAUUUGGUGCAAGUAGUCAUCAAAAGGAAAGCUCUUCCAGCAUUAGUAUUGGCUCAAGCCCAGGGGUUUGUGAAAUCAGUAGUUGUACUUGGAAUUUAAGAGACUGUACCGAUGUUAUGGGGUGGACAUUAUUACCCAAGGAUUUUGCAAUUGAUGGACCUACUCCGCCGUCGUUGAUAUAUGGACCCAUGCAUCUACUUAGAAUGUUUGUUAAAUUACCAGAGAUUCUUGGUUUGAUGCACAUUUCACCCAAAACACUGAAGCCUCUUGUGAAACAUUUAGAGGCAUUUUUAAAGUAUGUGUCACUGCCAGAUCACAUAGAAGAAAUGUUUCCUGAGUCAGCCUAUGUUGAUGUUGAAGAAGUGUAUGGAAAUUUUAAAAAGCCAGUCCCUAUCCAUUAAAGACUUGAGAAACCAGUCUCACCUCCAAUGAAAUUUAAGAGUGCAUUUCCAAUCCAUUGAUUUCUAUGGGAAAUUUAAUUUAGCCCUGUUCAUCAAGUUUAUGGAAAUGUUAAGACUGCAGUCCCAAUCUAUCCAUUGACGUCUAUGGCAAUUUUAAGAAGUCAGUCCAUAACUAUUGAUGUCUAUGGUAAUUUUAAGAAGCCAGUCCUUAUCUAUUGAUGUCUAUAGUAAUUUUAAGAAGC